CUCGCACGGCGGCCAUGUUUUAGGACGCGUUUACCAACUGUCGCGUUUCACGAGUCAAGUUUAAUAUUUUCCGAUAAUUUAUUCGAGUUUACAUUUGUACACAAAUGUGCAAAACGGGCGUCGCGACGUCGUAGGAUUAUCGCACCUGUAAACAGAAUUUCACCGUAUUGCGUAAUUGAUGCCGCGCACGCCAUCAUCGUACAGUCGAUAAUACGCGUUUUUCGCCGCGAUGGACGUGCGCCCAGGGCAUCUACAGCCAACUUCAGAGGCGUGUCAUGUUUGUGCUCGGCGCGUUGCUUCGUGAUCGGGAUCAUCGUGUCUCAUUAUUGGGAAUCUAUGAAAAAUGCUGUCGCUAGGCCCAAAAAAGGACGGCGGACCCAACGCCAAGUUCUUCGAGGCACCAGAAAUUCUCACUCAGCUUGAUGGCGUCAAGCAGUGGCUGCUCAAGAACUGCAAGAAGUAUGUACAAACAGAUCCGCCCACUAACAAGAGCUUAGCUACGUUGUUGGUACAACUUCUACAGUUUCAGGAAGACAAUCUUGGGAAAAAUGUAUCAAAGCCACCUAUGACUAGGCUUCCAAUGAAAUGCUUCCUGGAUUUUAAGCCGGGUGGUGGUGUGUGUCACAUAUUGGCUACUGCUUAUCGUUUUAAGCAGGAGCAAGGAUGGCGGCGCUUUGAUUUUCCUGGUGGAAAAUCUGGAUCUCGUAUGGAUCGUACAGUUGACAUGCUGGUGGCAGCAGAACGUGCUUUAAUACAGAAUAGAUGUAUGACUGUACCAAGUAUUUAUGUAAGACCAGACGUCGACAAGAACACGGCUGCAAAAGUAAAAGAUGUAGUUAGAAAGCACCAGGGGACUGUUGUAGAAAACGAGGCGGAUGCUACGCAUAUUAUCUAUCCUCCAGUAGAUCCAUUAGAAGAGGAAUAUGCACGACCCUGCAUGAGACGUGAGCGAUCGGUUCUAAUUCAUUGGUACUACUUUCCAGACAGUUAUGAUUCCUGGUUGACAGUGGAUCUUCCAUGGGACUAUCCCGAAGGAACUUACACAAACACAAAUUCAAGAUCAAUGUAUAAAGUAUCGGCUACAUGGGCGUUAGACUUGGAUCAAUAUAAUGAGUGGAUGAAUGAGGAAGAUUAUGAGAUAGAUGAUAAUGGACAGAAGAGAGUACACAAAUAUAGGCUGUCAGUGGAAGAUUUGAUGGCACAGCCGUCUCAUCCACCACCUUCGAAGAAACCUAAGAGGAAACGAUCGCCCAGCCCACCUCCAAAACUCGGCAAACGCAAAAGUACCAGAGCACCAUCAGGUAUCCAAAGCGCUUCUUCCGCGUCAUCAGCAACGGCACCGAAGAAAUCACGUGGCGGUGAGGAAGAAGAAGAUCUGACUCAGGGAAUGGAUGAUCCACCUGCUGAACCCCGUAUCGUCGAGGUGGUCGCUACGCCCACGAAUCCACCGAUUACAGGUCAGGGUAAUGCAACAACGGGUAACUCCACGUUGGCGUCUACUGGUAGUAAAAAACAAGACAGCGAGCUCCAACCUCUCAAAUCUGGCAACUUGACCGAUCUUGAUGAACAAAUGGAAGGAGACAAAGGAAGUUCUCAAGGGGGCCAAGAUAGAGAAGAGAGAGAUACUAGUAAAGAAAGGGGUGAAGGUGGCAAAGGAGAUGAACCGGAAGAUAAUGUGACGGAACAAACGCAUCACAUCGUUGUUCCUAGCUACUCCGCCUGGUUUGAUUACAACUCGAUUCACACCAUAGAGAAACGAGCUUUAUCGGAAUUCUUCAAUGGUAAAAAUAAGUCCAAGACUCCAGAAAUUUAUCUUGCGUAUCGGAAUUUUAUGAUUGACACCUAUCGAUUAAAUCCAACGGAAUACAUUACAUCGACUGCCUGCAGGCGGAAUUUAGCCGGAGAUGUAUGCGCGAUUAUGCGCGUGCACGCGUUUUUAGAACAAUGGGGACUCAUUAAUUAUCAGGUAGAUGCAGAAUCCAGACCAACACCAAUGGGACCUCCACCAACAUCACAUUUCCAUGUUUUGUCGGAUACACCAUCCGGUUUGGCGCCGGUCAAUCCAAAUCCGCCAAAAACACCGCAGCCAUCUGCUGCGAAGAUGUUACUCGAUUUGGAGAAAAAACCAGUGAGCGUGACAGGCACUCUGGGAACAGAGGAGAAAGCUUCGGCGGGCGCAAUGGCAAACUUCGGUCUAAAAAUUGACCAGUAUUCGAGGAAACCGGCAGUCCUAAAAAACAAACAAGCAGCAGGUGCUACGCGCGAUUGGACAGAACAGGAGACACUUUUACUAUUAGAAGGAUUGGAAUUACAUAAGGACGACUGGAACAAAGUAUGCGAACAUGUGGGGUCGAGAACGCAAGACGAGUGUAUCUUGCACUUCUUACGUUUACCUAUAGAAGAUCCAUAUUUGGAAGAAGGCGGACCCGAAGGGUUGGGUCCAUUGGCUUACCAACCGGUACCAUUUUCGAAAGCUGGUAAUCCUGUUAUGAGUACGGUCGCCUUUCUUGCAUCAGUCGUGGAUCCUAGAGUAGCCGCGAGCGCGGCAAAGGCAGCUAUGGAAGAAUUUGCUGCGAUAAAGGAUCAAGUACCAGCUGCCUUAAUGGAUCAGCAUUUAAGAAACGUUCAAGCUAGCGCUAAUUCAGACGGUAAAUUUGAUCCAGCGGCAGGAUUGGCACAAUCAGGUAUCGCUGGCACAGGACCGCCCGAACCACCUGAUGAUACAACGGCUUCUACCGCGCCAACGACUCCGUCUGUACCGGCGGGUGCGGCUAGCUCUCCUCAUUCUGCAGCGCCCACUCCCGAAGCGAAAAAAGAAGAGCAAGAUAAACCUAAAGAUGCUAUGGAAGUUGAACCAUCUCAAGUAGAAGUCACGAAAAAGGAGGACGAAUCGAAAGAAAGCGAAGAAGACACAAAAUCCAUCACUGAUCCAGAGGCUGCUGAAGCAAAAGAAAAGAAAGACAAAGUUGUAAGGGAUGCUCAGCUUCAAUCUGCGGCGGCUGCAGCGUUAGCGGCUGCAGCUGUUAAAGCUAAACAUUUAGCAGCUGUAGAGGAACGUAAAAUCAAGUCAUUGGUUGCGUUACUAGUUGAGACACAGAUGAAAAAACUGGAGAUCAAGCUGCGCCACUUUGAAGAAUUGGAAACAACGAUGGAGCGCGAACGCGAGGGUCUUGAAUAUCAGCGACAACAGCUCAUUACUGAGCGGCAACAGUUCCAUCUUGAGCAGUUGAAAGCGGCUGAAUUCAGGGCAAGACAGCAGGCCCACCAGCGACUAGCUCAAGAACAACAGCAACAGCAGCAGCAGCAGCAGCAGACUCAGCAACAUCCACCCUGGCAACCACCCGGUGCACAACAACAACAGCAGCAACCGCCAAGUCCGCAGGCUCAACAACAGCAACAACAACCGCCACCGCACACACCGCCACAACAAACAUAACUUUUUCAUGGAUCUUUCGGCGGCUGUUCCGGGUUGAGGACGCGCAAGGAGGACAUCAGAUGGGAAUGAUAGUGUUGGAGAAGCUGUGUCAUGUAAGCCCGCCUAACAACACCACUCGUGCAACAAUACAGCAAGUUCGCAAGAUCAAGAGCGAGUGAACCGACCCGCGUCAGUUGAAAAUCGACUAGAUAAACGGCCUGCAGAAGCACAGUAUUAAAAAUCAAGUCUCAGAAGUUUCGCAAGUGAGACGCAUCUCACAUUCGUGCCAGCCAGCAUUGUCGAUCUCGAAUGUGAUUUAUAGAUCAUAAUGCGGGGUAAAUAUUCUUGCAUCGUAUAUCUGGCGGUAUUUUUUAUAAAAUAAUUAUCUCUAGUUUAACUGAAAUUUUGUCCAGCAUAGGAAACCAAACGGUUGAGAGAGAAUUAAGUACGAGUGUGUAAAAUAUUUAUAAUUUUUUCAGAUUUUUUUCUAUUUUCGAACAUAUUUAUAAUGUAAUUUUACGUUACGUUUUCUCUGAAAGUUGACGGUAUCUGAGUUUAUUUUAAUUAGAUGUAAUUAUACAUAAUGCAAGAAUCUUUGCGAUCUGCUAUACAGGUCUAGGUGUGAUCUUUCGCUAAACCGGAGUCUUUUUAUUAAGAUCGCAAAUGGAAAAAACAUUUGAAGCAUAAGAAUCUUAUAAAUUUAUAUAAUAAAAGUGUAUGGAACAACAAAAAAA